AUGACUAAUUGUGGCGGAGGCUCCGGCAGUCAGCCAGUCCAAUCCGCACUUCAUACUACUUGUGGUGCUCCAGUUAGUCACGAUUUCUGCUUUACAUUAUUAGCUUUAUACUUCUAUACUGCACGGGUUAUUUUGUCUAAGCCGGGUAUUGGAGGUAUCAGACUCGAGCAGAGUGAGCAUAUUGGUCACGAGGAUUCAAGGGGGGAAGUGUCGUGGUGCAUGUUAUUUGUAGAUGACAUUGUGCUAAUUUACGAGACGUGCGGCGGUGUUAACAGGAGGUUAGAGGUCUGGAGGCAGACCCUAGAGUCUAAAGGUUUCAAGUUGAGUAGGACCAAAAUUGAGUACUUGGAGUGCAAGUUCAGUGAUGCGACUCUGAUGGUGGACGAAGACGUGAGGCUAGAUUCACAAGUCAUCCCUAAGAGAGGGAGUUUCAAGUAUCUUGGUUCCGUUAUCCAAGGGAAUAGGGAGAUUGACGAGGAUGUCACACAUCGCAUUGGGGCAGGAUGGAUGAAAUGGAGGCUCACUUCCGGUGUCUUUUGUGAUAAGUACUUGCGACCAAGACUUAAAGGGAAGUUCUAUAGAGCGGUGGUAAGACCGACUAUGUUGUAUGGGGUGGAGUGUUAUCCAGUCAAGAACUCUCAUGUCCAGAUGAUGAAGGUGGCUGAUAUGAGGAUGUUGAGAUGGAUGUGUGGACAUACCAGGCUAGACAUGAUUAGAAAUGAAGUUAUCCUGGACAAGGUGGCCGUGGCUUCUGUGGAGGACAAGAUGCAGGAGGCAAGACUAAGAUGGUUCGGACAUGUGAAGAGGAGAGGCACAAAUGCACCAGUGAGGAGGUGUGAGAGGUUGGUCUUGGAGGGCCAACGGAGGGGUAGAGGCAGGCCGAAGAAGUAG